AUGACUUCUGAUAUUAACGCUAUGGCUGGUGAAGCCUUAAAAACCAUAAAUAACGGAUUGCCUAAUAUACUAUCAGCUAAUGAGAUUUCUCCAAAUCGCGCAAUCAUAUUCGUCUUAGCUAUUACUCUUCUUGUUAUGUAUAUGGCAUUGGUCCUCACCGUUGGGGUUCCUUUUAAUCAAGGGUAUGAAGUAGUCAACCCGGAUUAUCUGUUUAUUAUUGUAGACGAUGAUACAUCUCCCUCUGAAAUCGAACAGGAAAUCUCAGAACAGCUCGAGAUGUAUCACCCCGAUUAA